AUGUUGUACAAUAAUAAAUUUAUAAUCUUUGUACUUAUAAUAUUGCUGGCAAUUGCCAGUUACUCAGCGGCCACUGGCGACCCACCCGCCGAACACUCACCAGCCCAUAUAGCCGCCAAGCCCAAGGGCGCUACUGCUGCCAAGGCUGCUGAUGGAGAAGCUGCCAAGCCCGCUGCCAAGCCCGCCGCUAAGCCUGCUGCCAAACCCGUUGCCAAACCUGCUGCCAAACCUGCUGCAGACGCGGGAGAUGCCAGUCCAGAUCCCGCUGCCGAUCCCGCUUCCGAACCUGCUGCCAAACCCGCCGCCAAACCAGCCGCUGCUAAGCCUGGUGCCGCUAAACCAGUUGCCAAACCAGGUGCCGCCAAGCCCGCUGCCAAACCAGGUGCUGUCAAGCCGAAGCCAACCAAGAAACCUACGACCGCCACUCUUGAAGAUGGAUAUGAGUGUGGAAACAAGACAUGCAAGUCAGGUUGGGUCUGUGCCUUAUCUAAUGGAUCUCCUUGGAGCUAUUCCUGCCACAACGCAUCUUAUAUCAAGGACAAGUUGAUACUCCAAUGUGAUGUCAAAGGCGAGCCAUGGAAGGAUGAGGGAGGACAAUAUUAUAUACAGGUGGAUUGUUCGAUCGUCAGCAAGUGGCAAUUACAUAUCUUCAAUGUCACUAUUGAUGCGGGCUCAUUACCAUUGAGUCCAGCACGCCACUGGAACAUUGACCGAUCAAGUGUCACGGGAGACUUCAAAUUGACUGGCACCAACAAUGAGUUUAGCAUUGGAAAGAAGGUGGAUUUUGGUUUCAUCACGACAGGUAGUGUGAAGCCUACACUUACUAUCAAGAGUGCAUUCAUCUACACACUAUAG